AUGGACACCGACACCGACAUGGACACCGACACCAACACCGACACCGACACCGACAACCAUCAACGCGCACGAUCUCCCGACACUGGCGUCCAUCUCGCUCUCGCUCGCUCUGCCUUUGCUUCGUUCCAGCCACGCCUGCCAUCUAAUCCGGCUGUGGCCCGCUAUGGUGCCGCGCCGGUGGUCGACUUGGAUGCGCUGCCGCCGACACCGCGACGGGUGGUGAACAAGACCCCGAUGGCCUCAUCGUUUCUAUCGUUCAACACACCAGCUCGAGCGGCCGACUCGUGUGACUCGUCGAUCUCGUCCAUUCCAGACCUCGAUCGAUCGUACGACGCAUCGAUGGAGGUCUCGUUUGCCGCCGCUGCCGCUGCCCCGCCACCGUCGACCGGCAAGAAGCGCCGCAAGCGCAAGGCCGUCGCCUCGAGAUUCCGCUCAGCCUCGCGCAAGCAAGCGGCGCGAAAGGCCAGCCCGCGCGCCGGCCAGCCACGGUCGUCGGUCAAGAAGAGCCGUCGUAAGCAGGCAACCAAGCCGGUAAGUAGGCCAGCGCCGGCGGCACUGCCUGUGGCCUCCUCGCCGACAAGACAUACUCCAUCAGGCUUGCGGGUCAUGCGCCGCCCUGCUGCGGCCGAGACGCCGGCAGACCGGGCGGCGGCGCUUGCAGCCUUCCGCGCUGCACGGAGCACCAGCCGCAAAGCCAAGCCCGUGGCGUCGCGGUUCCGCAACUCGACAAAACGGUCGGCUGCGGCGGCUCCCGCUGCGCCUGCGCCGGCCGCGCCGGCCACGCCGUCGAUGGCCGCCACCAAGCGGGUCCUCAACUUUGCAUCGACCGGCAAGCGGCGGGCUGCGCCCAAGUCGGCUGCACGCCAGGACGCUGCCCGCGCUCGUCCCACACCACAGUCAUCGAUCCGCAACGAGGCUGCUCGCAACCGCGCAUCGCGAGUCGGUGCCACCGCCAAGCGCGAGCUCGACCUCCUCGCCUCGACCGAGCUCCAUUGGCACUUUGUCCUUGCCAAGCUGGAGGCCGCGCGGCGCGUGCAGCAAGUCGAGGCGUUCGAGACUGUUGUCGCGCUGCAGGCAGCCCUCGACCGGGCACGCGAGCUCGCCGCCGCCCGCCGCGCCGCCCUCAGCCAGCUCGCCGCCCUCGACCGGGUCCAGAACGUCGUCGCCGCUGCCCGCGGCCCAGCCCUCGCGGUCAGCCGAAAGCUCCCCGCCCUUGAGGCUGCAUAUAGUGAGAUCGGCACCGCCAUCGCACACACCACCGCGCACAUGCCGCUCGAACAGGUGGCAGUCGACGAGGCGUCGCUCAGCCGCGCGCUCGGAGACGCCCGGCACGAACUCGAUGUUGUCGUCCGCGGCCUCGCUCCCGCUGCGCCUAUCGCCCGCAGCGUCGCGACCUCGCUUGAGAAACUCGCGGGUGCAACAACCAGCGAGCUUGCCGCCCUCGCGCAGUCGCUACGGGUCCUGCGGCAGGCGCAGACACUGCACUCGCGCGAGGCGUCGCUAGCAGUCCACGUGGCGGACAUGAUGGCGACGGUGUAA